AUGGCCUCCGUCACAUCCCUCGGCCUGCACCGGCCAGCUUCUCUGCAGCACGCUAUCGACGAGGGUAUUCUUCCUCCCGAUCCGUCGCCGUCCCUGUACACCUGGGAAACAAUUAUCACCGUUGAGGACGGCCACCAGUACGAGGAUGAGCUGCUGACGACGUCGACAUGCGUGCUAUGGUCACGUGGCGGCCUAUUCCGUAAGAGUUUCAGCUUUGAUGUUGAGAAGGAGCCCAUAACCCAAGCUCUGCUGGCCUGGUUCCCUGGCUCUGAGGACAGCAUCACGACGACGGCCAGCUCGGCCCAAACCAUCGGUAGCCCUAUCCGCAAACCUCCCUCAUCAACACCAAAACGGUCCCCUCCGCCACUAUGUCGUGCCCUCGUUGUCUUCCUCAAGACCCAAGCGCAUAUCUACUUUCUGUCGGGCACCAGCCAUGUCGUGCAUAUGCCGUUUGAGGUUGAGUCGGCAUGUGCUGCCCCCCGGGGCGUCAUCAUCCAGCGCAAGCUGCGUCCUGACGGCGCAUCGGUGUCCAUGCGUCUACCAAAGGUGACCCCCAGUUCUUUCGUGUCGCCACUGCCGCCAGCUGGCUACACGCGGGACUCGGGGCAUAGCUUCGCCGAGUUCUCGACGGAGGGCCUUGGUAACCCCAAGACCCUGCCCCUACGGCUGAGCUUUACCUUGGAGAAUAUGUGGCAGCAUGUUGUUGAGGCUCCUGAUAGCCAUUGGCCGCGCUUAGUGUGCCUAACUGAUCCGCUGCUGGAGCUCGGCUUGGUUGUCACCCAUCCCGAGCGCCCUAAGACUAGUCAUAGACGGGGUCGUUCCCCUAGUCCUAACUUUUUAAGUCCUUCGGAGGAGAUUUUGCAUGUCGAGUCUCUCCGUGUGCCCCAAUUUUCCGAAUUGGGUUCUAAUAGCAACCUCAUCCUCGCCGUCACAGCCAAUCGCGAGGCCAACACGUACACAGUCUGGAGGUUGUCGUACCUCGAAAUGCAAGACCCAUUCGUAAAGCAACAAAAAAAGUCCAAACCGAAGCCAUCCCGCCGGCGAAGCUCCAUGGCUCCGGGCCUUGCCAGCGGCGCUAGCACACCUCUACACCAAUCGACGAGAGAGAGCUUUGGUGCUGCCCCAUUACCCGGAAAAAAAUCCAAGAAGGGAGCAAAAGUCAAGGAAGAAGACCGUGAUAAGGCCCUUGACAAGGCCCUGAGCUCUCUGGACCCGGACAAAAACAAUGAGGCCACCAGCAAGCAGUCACGUCGCGUGAGCUCCCUGCUGGCCCGCGCCGACUUAUCGGCUUCGCAGGAUCGAGGGAGCUUUGUCGAGCCAACUCUCCAUGCAUCCCAUCAUGGCGGUCGGCGUGGUGACUCGCAUGGCAGUCAGCGGGGACGACUGAGCAGCGGAUACGGUGGGCCGAGCUUCAGUGCGAGCUUGAACCGGAGCAUCAACCACCCCCCAGACCCGCCUAUUGACGAUCUCCUGGAGGAGCUCAAGGCCGGUGGUGACUUCGAGGCGUUCCAUAACAUGGGCUUGGAAGACCACGGCUUUGACGGCCUCGAACAAGAGAUGCUAUUCACCAAGAUCCAGAGCGUCAACAUGGAGAGCACCAACCUACGGUACUCGCUAUCCAGCAAGCCUGCGCGGUUGCAGGCUAAGGUGUUCUUCCUCCUUAGCCCAUCGACCGCUCCCGAUGAUCAGGGACGACCCGUCCUGCUCAUUGCCAUCCAAGACCCGGUAGACAAGCGGCUCCAGCUGCUGACGCUGUACCUCGAGCAGCGUGAGGAACACACCUCGGGCCGGAACAGUUCGAAACAAACCCCGACGAGAAGCAUCCACAUCGUGCCUGGCGAGCCUAGAAGGGUCCAGAGUGUGGUUGACUCGUGCAAGAUCAGCGAUGGCUACGAGACCAUCAUGAUUCUGUCGGAAGACAACCGUGGUGGCAGGGAGCUCAGUCUUCAGUCACCAUGGGGCAAGGUCACCACCGUUCAUCUACCCGAUCUGAGACUAGACGAUGCGAAUCCUCUAGGAUUCCCCGUCUCAUAUGCCAGUCAACUAGCAACUCCCAAAACCACAGAGCUCAGCAGCAAGGCAAUUGAUGCCCUCUGCCAUACAAACACGGCUGGAGAGGUCGACCUGCGCGACCACGAUGGCCGCCACCAUCGCAUCCGCAUCCAGCUCCAGCCCACACAUCCUCAGGUCCGCAAAGUCCUCGACGUCUGCCGCAGUGUCCUCCCUUCUUCUUACGCCGACAAGAUAGUGGCUGGCUGGGCCCAUAUCAUGCAGUGGCUGCAUACCCUCCCACCCCAGCCAAACGAGUAUCCUCUCGUCAAUAGGGAAUGGUCUGCUGCUGUGAUCCUGAUCCUGUCCAGCAUCCUUGCGCUUAGCCAUCAUAGUGAAAGUUCGCUACGAACACUCGGCGGUGAGACCUCAUCUACGACUAUGACUGAGUGGGAUGUUAUGCUCGCGCGUCAGGCACCUGGAGCGAUGGGAUGUCCUAGAUGGAUGAGGUCAAGAGCCUGGCAAUGGAUUCUUGAUCUUGAGCCUCCACCGCAACCCUCAGGUCCCAGUGCAGGGGGAUGGUUCUCGGAGGGGUUUAUCCCCACGCAUGUUGGGCUGGCUAAAAGGUGGAUGGCAUCUGAUGGUGGGCUAAAAGCUUUUGGGUUUGAAGGGUUCUUGCCCACGGCUCUGAAUCAGAUCGGAAACCCACGUGAGACGAUGGCAUGCAGCAUGCUGUUGGCACUUCAUCUGUUUAUGGAGGAACAGAAGCUCAAUAUCAUGGUUCCGGAGGACCUGUCUCCUGGGCCAAAUGAUGUGAGGGCUUUGUUAUGCGUACUGUUCAAAUGGGUUGGCUGGAAGAAAUACGAAGAGAUGUAUGCUCUGAGCACGCUGGCUGAUGUCAACGCGGCUCAAGAUCUAAUUCAUCCUGCCAUUUCCGGCCUUCCCGAGCCUGCAUCCGAAUACUGCGUCCUUACCUGGGUCCAAGGUCACCUCACAGCUGGCCGUGGCCCCGAGUUCCCGACGCUAGCCCAACUCUAUGCCACGGCAACCCGGGACACUGUUGGUGGCCGCCUACGAGGGAAGCUCUGGUCAAGCCUGACGCCACGCACGCUUAUGUUCCAACGCUUCUUUGCCCGUUUGGGCUCGACUAGCAGCCGAUUCGAUGUGGUUGUUGCCAUGCAUGAUUGUGGCUUUACUCCUCAGAUCCUUGAGACGCUUCCUGAGGCAAUCUUGACGCCGCUGCAGGAUGUCAUUUCGAUCUGUCAGCCAAGCCCGCCGCCCUCGUGGCCAGAGGAUCUCUUGAAGUUGGUUGGAAGACCGGAUAUGUGUGCCGUAUUGAGACCCAGGAAAUCGACCAAGGCACCGUUGUCAGAUCCUGCUGGUCCUUCACAUGUGGCCAAGUGGGAUUAUCGCAUGCUCUGUCAAAACCUGCUGGGCUUACACGAGCACGUCGAAGAAACGGAAGACGUCGAGCGCCAAACCGUCGUGCGGUCGCUCUUUCGUGAGGACCGCCGCCUUAACGAAGCACGUAAUCUUCUGUCAACUAUCAAGAACCGUGUUGUACGACUCGAUCCUCGACCCGAAUGGACGGAGGCCGAAUACCUAGAGCGCCAGAAGGAGCUUGUCACGACUACCGCGACAAGCACGCUGGCCAUCCCCGCCGGUCGGGGCCUGCUGUACUUUGCUCUGCGCUUCCCAUUACUGACCCAAAAAUACCAUAUACCGGGCUUCAACCUCACGUGCGUCGUCAAGCCAGCUAACAAUACGGUCGGCGUCGACAAGAGCAUGUUCCCUGAGGAAAAGAUCAACUGGGCCUUCUUCCACCAGGGUGUUGCUGGUGGUCUUGCCAUCUCGCCGCACGCCAAGGGUAUCGACACCUCGUGGAUCCUGUUCAACAAACCUGGCCAGGACCUUAGCAACCGUCAUGCUGGGUUCUUGCUUGCACUUGGCCUCAAUGGGCACCUCAAGGGUGUUGCUAAGUGGGUUGCUUUCAAGUACCUGACUCCCAAGCACACCAUGACCACAAUUGGUCUGCUGCUUGGUCUGGCUGCGUCGUACAUUGGCACCAUGGACUCGCUUAUCACAAGACUCUUGUCAGUCCAUGUCACUCGCAUGAUGCCUGCUGGCUCGGCUGAGCUUAACAUCUCGCGGCAUACACAAACUACUGGCAUCAUGGGCAUCGGUUUGCUGUACUGCAACAGCCAGCACCGCCGCAUGAGCGAAAACAUUCUGAAGGAGAUCGAAGCAACCGACGUCGAUGAGGAAGAUGACGAUAUCCGUGACGAAAGCUAUCGCCUUGCCGCUGGCUUCGCCCUCGGGCUGAUCAAUCUUGGGAAGGGUGGUGAUCUCAGGGGUCUAAGAGAUAUGCAGCUGACUGAGAAGCUGCUUACUCUGGCAACAGCAGUCAAAGGGGUCGAGAAGGUCCAUGUUCUGGACCGCUCGGCUGCUGGAGCCGUUGUCGCUAUCGCCUUGAUCUACCUCAAGUCUGAGGACCACAUCGUCGCUCGCAAGAUCGACAUUCCCGACACGAUGUUGCAGUUCGACUACGUCCGCCCGGACAUCCUCCUGCUCCGUACAGUUGCACGAAAUCUUAUCGUCUGGAACGAUGUUGACCCAACCUUCGACUGGAUUCGCAAGCGUCUGCCUCAAGCCUACCAGUCACGCUACCAACUCACUACUGUGACUAAGCUCUCCAGCUGCGACCUCCCAUUCUUCUCCAUCGUCGCAGGGUUAUGCUUUUCCCUUGGCCUACGCUUUGCUGGUUCAGCCAACCUGCGCGUGCGUGACCUGCUCGUGCACUACCUUGACCAGUUCAUGCGCAUCGUCCGGCUGCCGGUAGAUAACUUUGACGCUGAGCUCGCGAGAAGCAAUGCCAAUAUGUGUAUGGACGUAGUGGCACUCUCGUGUGCAGCUGUGAUGGCUGGUACAGGGGAUAUUGUCGUGCUCAGAAGAUUGCGUGCUCUCCAUGGAAGGGAUGACGCCAACACUACAUAUGGCAGCCAUAUGGCAGCCCAUUUGGCGAUAGGAGCGCUGUUCUUGGGCUGUGGCACUGCUACCUUUGGGACGGGUGAUCUUGCGGUAGCAGCCCUGCUGAUCGCGUUCUAUCCCCUGUUCCCCACGAGUGUGCAGGAUAAUCGCUCGCAUCUGCAAGCGUUCAGGCAUUUUUGGGUGUUGGCAACCGAGCCAAGGUGUCUGGUCGUCAAGGAUUUUGCUACUGGCGAACCACUCAACGUGCCUAUCGUCAUACAUCUUAAAGGGGGAUCACAAUCUGCCAUCGCUGCUUCUGCACAGGAAGAUAGCAGUCAUGGCUUCGCAAACCCCAAACCGAAAACCUCAGAAGCAGCAGCUGGUGCUGCUAGCGUAGCGAUCCGCAAACAGACCCCUUGUCUACUCCCUCCGCUAGACGAUAUCCUCCGUGUCGAAACCGACGCCCGCUCCCUCGGCUACUGGGACCUCACUAUCGACUUUGCCUCCAGCCCCAAGCUCAUCUCCGACUUCCGCGACAACCAGACCGUCUACCUCCGCCGCAGACCAGCCAGCGAGGGCACAUUUGCUGCUACGCUCCGCGCGCUUGGCGACAACACGGCCCUCCCAUCAGUUGGGGAUCCAACCCCCGAAGGGGGGGUCGCUUAUGGACAAGGGGGAAAGGACCCUUUGGAAUGGCUUUUUACGCUACCAUCGUUGCAAUCCCUUUCCCGUGCGGAGCGUGCAGUGGUUCUGGAUCGGUUCGGGUUCGCCUCCGCCGCCGGCUUUGGUGCCCCUGAUGUUGCUGGGACUAGCGAGGCGGCCACCACGGCUGUUGAUGCCAGGCUAGUCCUACGCUCGGGAUUGGAAGACGGCUGGAGCAGGGAUAGGCUGGUUGGGCUAAGGAUGUUGUUUGAGUGGGCUGAACGGAGAGGCGUGUUUGCUGCAGAGAGAGAGGUUGAGGCUGCUAGGAGGGCUGCUACCUCCUCUAGUUCUGAGCAGGCUGCUGAGCAAACGGAGCAAGAUGCGGGAGAGAAAGGCAAAGGAAAAGGAAAGGGAAGAGGGAAGAAAGGCACCGCGGCGGGCAAGGGGAAGAAAAAGGUUUCGAUUGGCGUCGGGGAGGAACAGGGUGCGGGAGAAGGGACUGCUAAGGAGGAGCAGGACAAGGCUGGCGAGAGAAUUGGUACUGCUGGUAUCGGAGUUGGCUCCCUGGAAGAAGAGCCGUCGUGGUGGUUGCGUGAUGGGGCGAUUGAGGAGUUGAAGGGGAGGAUGUGGCUCGCUGGAAGGGAGGGCUGGUAA